GGCAAGCAAGCAACAGCUGCUUCCUGCUUUAGUAGCUUCUUCCAUCACCGGUUUUGAUUGCUGCUCGGCGGCGUGUGACAAGACAAGGGGAGAGAGUGAUAGUUUCAGAAAGAGUAGCUUUUCUUGAAGAGGGUGGAAGGAGAUCGAUCAAGAACUCGAGAUGUGCAUGGACAAGUCCGCCGUGCCGGCGAAGAAGAUCUGGCUCGCAAUCGCCUCCCGCCUCGGCCUCCGCCCAACAGCCGGGCUGCGGAACCUGAGGAAGGAGGUGAGGACGUGCGAGUACCGCGACGUGCACGUCAUGUGGGAGAUGCUCAGGGAGAUGGGCUCCCCGCUGGUGCCCCUGGAGGAGAAGGAGGCCGCCGCAGCCGCGGCCGUCGCGGCGGCCGCCGCUGCCAGGAAGAAGAAGACGGCCUGGAGGCGGUUCGUAUACUACUGCUGCGCGUUCUGA